AUGUAAAUGUAAGUUGGAUUAUAAGAAUAAUUCGGUCUAUUCAAUGAUUCCCAAUUUCCAAAUUCAUACCUAUGUACUUCAUCCCUUUCGUGGCGAGGAAAAAGCCUUCCGACACAGACACAAUAUGACCUGUUGUUUCACCUUUGUGUGGCAUAAUAUUAGCCGUUUAAUUUGCUCGAAGUUUCACCCGCGUCGAUCUCCUUCCUCCGGUUGGAUCAAUUCUGGGCGUUACUCCGAAGCUAAAACUUUUAUCCCACCGAAGAAGUUAAGGAAACGACACAGGAAGGCCAAGGAAAAGAGAAAAAAAAACCGAGCUCAUCACACCCAAAGUUAACAGUCACCGCUAGACAGCAGACACGUUCAUAGCCACAAGGCAGAACUCGCCUCUCCCAGGUCACUGUUGGGUCAAGUAAACUCAGGCUGAAUAAACACGUGAAACAUUCUGCACUAAUUAGUCCCGGUGGUGGAACAGACACCGACUGCAGACGGCCCGUUCCAGCUACGUGCUUGUGGCCUGCUCCACUUCAAAUAGUAAUCCUGCAGCGGAAUAGUAAAUCCGACAUAUAAACCAGUAGCAGCGUCAUUGGUUGCAUUGGCGCAUGGUGUGAAACAGCUGUAGCUAAAUGCCAAAAAUAGACGGCAAGUAAAUUAAAACAGUUCGCCUCCCGCGGUUGUACGGUUUGCACAGUGUAACACAGUUUGACGGAGUUCACACACGGAACUCGUGCUAGCGGAGGCUGGCGUUGUGACACCUUGUACUACAGCCACUACCACCACCAGCAGCUAGGGGCCAGAGUAAAUGAGUUGAUUCCCACGAACCCCGACCACCGUCACUGGUCUCUGGGCUAUCACGCUUGCGAAAAUUCGCUCUCGCUAAAGUUUCCCCACGUCCGUCGGAGUUCCCGAGAGUUUGGAAUGCUGAAAAUGAUCUUCAGUGAUUUAGUAUUCAGCGUGCAGUUCGUGGUUUUGUUUCAAAGCUACUGCUGCACCGCCGUAACAGUUUCGCGCAGAACUUCAUCAACGCCAACCGCUGCCACCGGCGACGGUGGGGCCAACAAUGGUGCUAUUGCGAACACCAACAGUAGCAGGGUUCUACCGAACUCACCAUCACCACCAUCAUCAUCGUCAUCAUCAUCGCCACCAUCAUCAGCGAUGCAAAAGUAUGACCUUCCUGGAGAACUCGGACAGUCGUGCCUAGUGGUGGAAGAUUGUCGUCAAUAUGCCUACACGUGUGACAACCAGAGCAGAGCCUGCGAUUGUUCCGAGGGGUACCGACCGGACGAACCAGCCAAGAUAUGCGUAGGAGGUGAGUGA